AUUGCCUUUGAGGGUGCUGCCCUGAGCCGCUUGACUCCUGUGGAAAGCAGGGUGUGUGGGGUGUCGGUUCUGGCCCCUGGGGUCGGGUGCAGGGAAGUAACGGGAGUGCAGAUUCUGCCGGGCGCCCACCACGCAGGGCUCACUGCUCGGUGAUGGCACAGGAGCGCCCGCCACAUCCCUCCCUGCUCUGCAUGUUCAGAGACACUGGGGGGCCAGAAACGUUGGAGGUGGCUCUGGAACCCCUGGGGUGUCUCCCUGGACCCAUGCCCUUGCGGAGGAGCAGGCAGGCUACUCUCCAGCCUGGAUCUGGGGCCGAGAGACAAGAUCCUGGUCCUGCCCGGGCUCCAGCCGGGAGAGGGUGGCGCGCGAGCUGCCUCUUGAGAGAGAACAGACCCCAGGAGGUGGGGUCCACCCAGGCCCCUCCAGUAGGGUGGAGGAAUGGCCGUUGUGCUGUCCCCACCCAGGAGCGCGGGCCCUGCCCUCCCAGGGGGCGUGGGGGGCACCGGGGAGAGGCCGGGGUGGCCUCAGCCCGGGCACCUCAUUCACCCGCCUUUCAGCUCGGCCUAUGACUCACGGCUGCGCCAGAAAGUGGCGGUGAAGAAGCUGUCCCGCCCCUUCCAGUCCCUGACCCACGCGCGGAGGACGUACCGCGAGCUCCGGCUGCUCAAGCACCUCAAGCACGAGAACGUCAUCGGGCUGCUGGACGUCUUCACGCCGGCCACCUCCAUCGAGGACUUCAGCGAAGUGUACCUGGUGACCACCCUGAUGGGCGCCGACCUGAACAGCAUCGUCAAGUGCCAGGCGCUGAGCGACGAGCACGUCCAGUUCCUGGUCUACCAGCUGCUGCGCGGGCUGAAGUACAUCCACUCGGCCGGGAUCAUCCACCGGGACCUGAAGCCCAGCAACGUGGCGGUGAACGAGGACUGCGAGCUGCGGAUCCUGGACUUCGGGCUGGCCAGGCAAGCUGACGAGGAGAUGACCGGCUACGUGGCCACCCGCUGGUACCGGGCACCUGAGAUCAUGCUCAACUGGAUGCACUACAACCAGACAGUGGACAUCUGGUCUGUGGGCUGCAUCAUGGCCGAGCUGCUCCAGGGAAAGGCGCUGUUCCCAGGAAACGACUACAUCGACCAGCUGAAGCGAAUCAUGGAGGUGGUGGGCACACCCACCCCCGAGGUCCUGGCGAAGAUAUCCUCAGAACACGCCCGGACCUACGUCCAGUCCCUGCCCCCCAUGCCCCAGAAGGACCUCAGGAGCAUCUUCCAUGGAGCCAACCCCCUAGCUGUGGACCUCCUGGGAAGGAUGCUGGUGCUGGACAGUGACCAGAGGGUCAGCGCGGCCGAGGCCCUGGCCCACGCCUACUUCAGCCAGUACCACGACCCUGAGGACGAGCCCGAGGCCGAGCCCUACGAUGAGAGCGCGGAGGCCCCAGAGCGCACCCUGGAGGAGUGGAAGGCACAGUGGCACUGAGGUCCUGCUGGGCACCAUGCCAGGCGGGCAGCAGCACGCAGAGCAGAGGCCUGGCUUCCUCCGGUGCGUGGGCGGCCCCAGGGCACAACACCAGUAGGAGCUCGCCUGGAGGGUGCCAAGGUAGAUGGUGCCCCCCCCCCCAGUAGACUCAGGCUCGGAGUUUCCUGCCACAGGGCUCAGCCCAGAGCUGGCGAAGAUGCCCACAGCUGCCCUGGCCCUGCCAGCUCUGGCCCCAGCUGAGCGGCCUGCCCGGCUGCGGUCAGCCUUCACCCCCCCACCCCCCUUACAGAGCUGAGCUGACCUUCGCCUUUGAGCCAGGCCCUGCUGGCUGGGGUGGCGG